CUGAGUCAGUGGGGGCGCCACUCAUUCAUCAUCCCUGCACAGAAAAAAACAAACAAAAUCACAUCAACCUGGAGCUUAUAAAGACAGGCACUGCUCAGCUGGUCGCCACACAGGACCCUCACAUUUUACACUCGAUGCGUCGCAAGCACAGCAUCAGGUGAAGACACACAAUGGAGCUGAAACCUCUCCUCAAAAAGCUCCUGUCGAUACUCCGGGCCAUCUUCACGUUCGUGUUUGCGUUGGCCGUUCUGGGUGUGAUGGUGUGGGCCUACGUUGAAGGUCAGCAGCUGGUGACUUCCUUGUACGGAAUCAUCUCCUUCGGCAUUUACGGUCUCCUGUUGUCGCUCCACGUGCUCGUCCAGAGCUUCUUCGCUUUCAUCGAGCACCGACGAAUGAAAGCUCGAAAAUCUCCGUGCACCUUCACCAAGACCAUUGGCUUCACCAUCUCCGCCUACCAGGAGGACCCCGUCUACCUCAGAGAGUGCCUCAACUCCGUCCGGGCCCUCCAGUAUCCAUCUGAGCUGCUUCGUAUCGUCAUGGUGGUGGACGGGAAUUCCGAAGACGACCGCUACAUGAUGGAGAUGUUCAGAGAGGUGUUUGCAGACCAGGACCCUGGUUUUUACGUGUGGUACAACAACUACCACACUUGGGAUCCAACCGAGGUCCAGGACACAGCUUCUGUGGGCUCAGGAGUGGAAGCGGACUACGUUAUAGGAGGGGAGGACCCCCAGCGUAGCGAAGUAGAGCACCUGAUCAAGACCAAGAACUGUGUGUGCAUCAUGCAGAAGUGGGGGGGGAAACGGGAGGUCAUGUACACCGCGUUCAAAGCCCUCGGAGAUUCAGUCGACUACAUUCAGGUAUGCGACUCGGACACCAAGCUGGACCCCAUGGCCACGGUGGAGCUGUGCAAGGUGCUGGAGAGCAACCCCAAGUAUGGUGCAGUCGGCGGGGAUGUGAUGAUCCUCAACAUGAAGGACUCCUACAUCAGCUUCAUGAGCAGCCUUCGCUACUGGAUGGCCUUCAACAUAGAAAGAGCUUGUCAGUCCUUCUUCGACUGUGUCUCCUGCAUUAGUGGACCUUUGGGGCUCUACAGGAACGAUCUCCUUCAGGCGUUUCUGGAAUCUUGGUACAAUCAGAAGUUUCUGGGGACUCACUGCACUUUUGGAGAUGACAGACAUCUGACCAAUCGUAUGCUGAGCAUGGGAUACGCCACAAAAUACACAGCUCGUUCCAAAUGCUACACGGAGACGCCGGCUCAGUUCUUGCGUUGGCUCAACCAGCAGACCCGUUGGACCAAGUCCUACUUCCGCGAAUGGCUCUUCAACGCCAUGUGGUGGCAUAAACACCAUUUAUGGAUGACGUACGAAUCCAUCGUUUCCGGCGUGUUCCCUUUCUUCGUCACAGCCACCAUCAUCCAGGUAUUUUGGACAGGCUCGCUGUGGGACAUCCUUUGGGUCCUGUGCUGCAUCCAACUGAUCGGGCUGGUGAAAGCCGCCUACGCUUGCAUCCUGCGCAGGAACGCGGUGAUGGUGUUCAUGUCUCUGUACUCCGCUUUGUACAUGACUAGCUUGCUGCCCGCUAAGUACUUUGCCAUCUUAACCAUGAACAAAAGCAGCUGGGGGACGUCGGGGCGGAAGAAGAUCGUGGGCAACUACAUGCCUCUUUUGCCUUUGUCAGUGUGGACAGCGCUUCUAUUAGCCGGAAUGGCUUACACCAUCUUCAGAGAGAGCAGAGAAGAAUGGUUCACUCCAGCUAAGAGACUUGAAACUCAAUUUCUUAUCUUCGGCUGUGUGGCUUAUUUGUGUUACUGGUUGCUGAUGAUGGUUUUAUACUGGGCGUGGUUCCGUAGGUUGUGUCGGCCGCGUUCAAAAAGUUACUCGUUACGAGUGUAGGUCCACGGUGUCCAUACAAGUAUAAUUUAUUAUAUUGUUUUAAAUAUUUUUGACAUUUAUUUAUUUAUUUCCUCUCCAAUCUCAGGGCAAUGAAAGGGUGUUGCAUGCAGCUGCUAAAAAAAAACAACAAAAAAAACAUGAAGACAUUCACGAUAUCAGCAAGUUUGACAUGGAGAUGUUGCACAUUAAGUGAAACUGUACUGAGGGCUUUAAAGCCUAUGCACUUCUUAGGUUUCUCUUAUUGAACACAAUUGGGUAUUGGAUCUUGUAUUGAAUGUAUUUAUGUGUUUGUAAAUGUGUACAUAGCAGAGAUGGGCACUUCAGUCACAACACAUAUUUGAGAUUCGACACAUGACUUGGACUCACCGCAGAGCGUCGGCGUCAUUAAGUCUCUUACUCCCCAUCCACUGACCUGUCGGUUGCAACCACCGACCUUAAAAAAACCACCAGGAGCACGGUUCGUUAUUAUCAUGUCGGGCUACACAGAGUUCAGUCGAGGUCAAACAGGAAGCUGUUGAAUGCAUCUUCGGGGGCGAGAUAAAGGAUGCUGGCUCAAACAUGUCAAACUUAGAUAAGCUUCGUUUAAUUAGCUUCUUUGGCCUGCUGUAUUUUUAGAGUUGCGUUCAACGUACAGUUUGGCACAGUUAGAAAUACGCCUUCAAGGGGAGGCGCAGCAGAAAAAUAACAAAAAUCAUCCUUGCUUAGACGGUGGUCGAGUGGUUAGCGCGCAGACCUCACAGCUAAGAGACAAGGGUUCAAUUCCACCCUUGGCUAUUUCUGUGUGGAGUUUGCAUGUUCUCUCUCCGGGUACUCCGGUUUCCUAACACAUUCCAAAAACAUGCUAGGUUAAUUAGCGACUCAAAAUUGUCCAUAGGUAUGAAUGUGAGUGUGAAUGGUUGUUUGUCUAUAUGUGCCCUAUGAUUGGCUGGCCACCAGUGCAGGGUGUACAAAGGGUGUAUGAAUAAAUUAUUGUAAAAUGUACAUCUGCCAUUGUGUGGCCAUUUUUUUUUUCAUCUUAAAACUAAACCAAACAUGCUCUCUUCUAUUGUGGAGUUGCAUCAUCAACUAACUUGUCAAAAAAAAAAUUAAAAGAUCAGCAAGCCGUUCCAGUAGAAAAAAAUACGUAUAACUACGUCUUUGGUCGGGCAUGAGUUUAUAAUUUCGGUCAAUAUACCAGAAUCUUUCAUCUUUAGUCCCUAGUCCUAAUCCAAUUUAAGUAUAUUUAAUUUAAUCGACAGCUGGCAUAGGCUCCAGCACCCCUGCGACCCUCGUGAGGAAAAAGCAGUAGAAAAUGAAUGAAUGAAUGAAUGAAUGAACAUCUGCCACCGUGUGGCCAUUUUUUUUCAUCUUAAAACUAAACCAAACAUGCUCUCUUCUAUUGUGGAGUUGCAUCAUCAACCGUCUUGUCAAAAAAAAAAAAAAAAAGUAAAAGAUCAGCAAGCAGUCGGGUAGAAAAAAAAUACGUAUAACUACACCUUUGGUCGGGCAUGAGUUCAUAAUUUCGGUCAAUAUACCAGAAUCUUUCAUCUUUAGUCCCUAGUCCUAAUCCAAUUUAAGUAUAUUUAAUUUAAUCGACAGCUGGGAUAGGCUCCAGCACCCCCGCGAAAAGCAGUAGAAAAGGAAUGAAUGAAUCAAUGAAUCCUUGCUUAGCUUAACUAAUGCAAAUAGCAAAAUUACUUCAUUUUUAGUGAGAAAACUUGACAAAAAUAUUCCCAAGAGUAUUUUCUGAAAGGAGGGGGACCAUCAACAUUAUUAUAAUAUAAAGUAACUGUUCCGGAUGUAUUAAUAUUAAACUAUUAAAAUGGAACGGCGCCGGCAAAGAAGGGCAAAGUAUGAUAAAAGUUCAAAAACCGCUGCUAUUGAGCAAGUGCAGGUGGACAAGACUUAAGACUAACACUUGGACUUUAACCAAAUACCUGAGCCUUGACUAUAGGACUUUCAUCUCAGAGAUCUGUGACCUGAGCUUAAUGACUUGAGACGAGUAGAAAAUGACUUGUGCACAUAUCAGGUAUACAAAUAUAAGAACCAAUUUUUUUUUUUUUAAACUGCCUCUGUGUCAGUUUUGUGACUUUUACACCCUUUUGUUGUUGCACUGGAGUUUUCGACGGCACUUUUCUGCACGGUUGCACACUUGAAAAACGAAAAGUGAAGGAAUGGGAAUUCCCGAAUAAAGUAUGCACAAAAUGAAUGUUUCAAAUGACCCUUGCUUUGGAAUCACACUUGUAAAAAAAAUAAAAAAUAAAUAAAUUGUGGUAUGAGGGAUAUGUGAAAUUCAGUCCACGUUGUUCCCAGAGACCUUCAUUGACAUUUCUCCGAGCCAUAACAUUGAGUUCCUGAUAAGAGACGACUCCCACACUCUCAGGGAGAAACACUGUUUUUUUUUUGGUAUUUGUUGCUCCUUUGUUCAUGGAAGUUCAUGUAUCAGGUGUGCAACUAAGUUCUGCAUGAAAUAAAGAUUUUUAGACGCUUUCAGGCUUCUCUUAAUAGAUCUGAUAUACACACAUGAAUACGGUCUACGGUGAUGCUCAUGCUCCUGUUUGGA